GAAAGGCGCUCUAGUUGCGCAGUCCUCGGCGCGCUGCUGGGGGCACCCUCCGCGGCAGGCAUCGUGCCAGGGACCAGCCCCCCCGCAGCCGCGGGGCUCGCGGGACUACACUUUCCCUUCGGCCCCCCUCGUUUCCUUCCGAGCGGCGGCGGUGGCGGAGAUUUCCUCUCGGGGAAACUACGCGGAUCCUUCCCGGGGCUCCUCGCCCCGCCCCAGUUCUCCGCCCCCUCCCCUUCGCUGGGGAGCCGGUGCGGGCAGAGCCGGGGAGGUGGCGGGGGGCCGGGGAGCCACUGGCCACUAACUCGCCCGGCCAUGUGACGCAACCCUCAGUCCGGCAAACCCCGGCGCGUCCCGGGCCCGCUCCCGCGCCCCGCCGCGCCGCGCACCAUGCUCCUGCCGGGACCCGCGCGCCCACCGCCCGCGCCCCGGCCGGCGCAGCAUCCCGGCCUCCGCAGGCAGGUGGAGCCACCCGGGCAGCUCCUGCGCGUCUUCUACUGCACCGUCCUGGUCUGCUCCGGGGAGGUCACAGCCCUCUCGGACUUCUCCGGCUACCUGACCAAACUGCUGCAGAACCACACGGCCUACGCCUGCGACGGGGACCGCCUGGACCUGCAGUGCCCGCGGCACUCCACCAUCAGCGUGCAGUCGGCGUUCUACGGGCACGGCGACCGCGCGUGCAGCGCCCAGCAGCCCGCCCCCCGGGGGGAGGGCCCCUCGGCCUGCGUGGCCCCCACCACCCUGCAGAAGGUGCUGGACGAGUGCCAGAACCAGCGGGCCUGUCACCUCCUGGUCAAUAGCCGAGUUUUUGGACCUGACCUUUGUCCAGGAAGCAGUAAAUACCUCCUGGUCUCCUUUAAAUGCCAGCCUAAGCUGAAAAACAAAACCGUGUGCGAGGACCAGGAGCUGAAGCUGCACUGCCACGAGUCCAAGUUCCUCAACAUCUACGCCGCCACCUACGGCCGCAGGGCCCGGGACUGGGACGUGUGCGCCUCGGGCGCCCCGCGGCUGCCCCCCUUCGACUGCUUGUCCCACUCGGCGGUGCACGUGCUGUCCCAGCGGUGCUACGGCCGGCAGCGGUGCAAGAUCCUCGUCAACAACCAGCACUUCGGGAGCCCCUGCCUGCCGGGAGUGCGGCAGCGCCUGGCCGUCACCUACGCCUGCGUUCCCAAGCACAUCCUCUCAGCGAUCGAUCCGGCCGUGGCCGACCCGAAGCCUUCUGUGAAGCGGGACGACGGCGGCCAGGGUGUGAAGGUGGACACGAGCGAGUCGAGGGUUCCCAGGAACGACGGGGCCAUCGUCAGCAGCUCCCUGGCAGCCUUUGCUUACAUCAGAGCGCACCCCGAGAGAGCCGCCCUGCUGUUCGUGUCCAGCGUCUGCAUCGGCCUGGCCCUCGCGCUGUGCGCCUUGGUCCUGAGGGUGCCCUGCGCCAAGGACUGGCGGGAGCUGCAGCUGGCGCGGGAGCGCCUGGUGCCGGGCGGCGAUGAGGCCGCGGAGGACAGCGAGGACGCAGAUGGGGAGGAGGACUCUUCGGACUCGGAUUUCCCCGGGGAGGUGCCGGGGUUCGGCAGGACUCCGCGCCCCGCGUACUCGUCUAUCGAGGCUGCGGAGCUGGCAGAGAGGAUUGAGCGGCGGGAGCAGAUCCUGCAGGAAAUCUGGAUGAACAGCGGCUUGGACGCGUCGCUGCCGAGGAACGUGGGGGCCUUCUGCUGAGCACCCGACGCGCCUGCUGGCCUCGCCCCUCCGAGCGCCGGAGCGCCCCCCGCUCCCCCGGCUCGGCCUCACCUGUACCUUCUGUGAAGGAGCCUUUGUCGCCAUCGACACCUGGUGAAGCCAGAAGGGGGCCUUUCGAACUGUUUACAGCACAUUUCCAAACAAACGCGGUGGGCAGGCGGGCGGGCGUCGCUGUCGGCUGCGUCCGCUCCCAGCAGCGUCUGCGCACCCGCACGCUCCCGGUUCGCGCUCCGGGGCGCCGCUGUCACCGGCUUGCACGAAUUCAGCCCGUUCCUCCACGCACAGCCACCGCAGACGGUGCCGGUCUCCCCGUUCGGCCGAGGCGCAGGCAGGGCGCCCCCGUGUCCGCCCGGUGAAACCGCAGCUGCUCGGGGCGCAGGCGCGCUGCCCCUCCGCGUGGCCACGUGGUGGGCCGUCCUCCCCACGCUGCUCCGUGGGUGCGGGGCGGCCACAGGCUUCUUGGAUGGAGAGAAGACACGGAUUUCAGGGUUCUGCGUGGGCCAUGGCCACUCCAUUCCACCUGGGGCUCCAAGGCAGCCCCAGUGCAUCAGAAAUGAAGGGAACUGACUGCGUCCCAAUAAAACUUUAUUUAUAC